UGUUACUGCUUAGUUGUUGAAAAUUGUAGUUGUUUCAGGAUUAUUUGUGUAGGUGUUCGUGUGGAGAGUGAUAGUAUGGACUCGGAAUACAUAAAGAAACAUCUGGGAGAGUGCCUGGCGGAGGGGCUAGCUGAAGUAGCCGAGCUGAGACCGGUUCACCCCAUCCAGUAUCUUGCUCACUGGCUCUACAAAUACACGUCUAAUAUUCAAUUUGAGAAAGAGAAAAAAGAGCAGUUUGCUCUGUUGGAGGAAAAGAUUGCUGAGUAUAACAAGCAGAAAGCGCAGAGAGAGGAGGAGGAGAGAGCUGCUAAAGUCCUGGAAGAACUUCUAAGAGAGGCUGAGAAACCCAAGGAGCCUGAAGAACCCAUUGAAACCACUGCUGAAGAUGAGAAGCCUGCUGAAGAUAAGAAACUGGCUGAUGAAGCAGAGAAAAAAUCUGAGGAUUCUGUGGUGGGGGAUCUGCAGAGCGAAGACGUCAGCUCUCUUCAAGACCAGGAGAAGGAUGAAGAUGAUAACAAAUCUGAAGAAUUGACCCAACUAGAGGGAGACUCACCUCCACAGAGUGAAGAAUUUGAACGAGAGGAGACAUAUCCCGAUCAAGAAAACUUUGAAUUCAACGAGGAGAUACAAGAGGAGACAGAGGGACAGCUCGGGGAUGAGGCAUCUGAUGACUUGGCUCAAGCUGAACCCUCACCUUAAUGAUCACCGUGACUCAGCCGAGGCAGCCUGAUGAAUCUCUCAAAUGUUGAAAACAGAGGUCAUAUUUCUAGAGGCUGGCUCUUAAACUGUUUAAAUCCUUACAAACUAGUGAUUUACACACAAAAAACAAAAAAGAACAACAAAAAAAACACGUUACUCAACAAUAAAUGUUACCUGGAGUGAUUCUAUUCAA